AUAAGCCAGGCUGCCAACCAGGGAGUUUGCGUUUGGAUGAGUGAAGAAAAAUAUCAAUGCUUGAGAAAGGUGCAUCUUGAAAGCAUUGACCAGCUCAGAAAAUUGGACAUAGGCUUCUGCGUCAAUACUAUCUGUGUUGUAGCAGGCGUGGUGGUGAGUGUAGAAGGCUACCAUCCCAGCAGCACCAUGAGUCUGGAUGAGGAUGCACGCUGGCUGGAGUGGGUCACCAAGCAGUUUGAGAGCAUCGCGGGAGAAGACAAAGAAAUUGACCUGGAGGAGUUCAAAACGGCUCUCAAGGUCAAGGAGUCUUUCUUUGCAGAGCGGUUCUUUGCGCUGUUUGACUCUGACGGUAGCAAAACCAUCAGUCUGGAUGAGCUGCUGGAGGCUCUGGACCUGCUGAUCCAUGGCAGCGAGACGGACAAGCUCCGCUUCCUCUUUCAGGUCUAUGACGUCGAUGGCAGUGGCUCGAUUGACCCAGACGAGCUGCGCACGGUGCUCAAGUCGUGCCUGCGCGAGAGCGCCAUCUCCCUGCCAGAGGAGAAACUGGACGACCUGACCCUGGCUCUGUUCGAGUCGGCUGACAAGGACAACAGCGGCUCCAUCACCUUCGAGGAGCUCAAGGCCGAGCUGGAGAACUUCCCCGAGGUUAUGGAGAACCUCACCAUCAGCGCUGCCAACUGGCUGAAGCCUCCCGGCCUGGAGCAGAAGAAGGGGCGGCAUACCCCGCGCUACCUGACGCCGGCGUACUGGCACAACAACAGCCGGAAGCUCCUCUUUCUGUGCGCCUACACUUGCCUCAACCUGCUGCUGUUCAUCACCGCCAUGCUGAAGAACGCAGAGGGGGGAUUCUGGUACAUGGUGGCCAAGGGCUGCGGCCAGUGCCUCAACUUUAACUGUACCUUUGUCAUGGUGCUAAUGCUGCGGCGCUGUUUGACCUGGCUGCGGGCCACUUGGGUGGUGAGGGUGCUGCCUCUGGACCAGAACAUCCUGCUGCAUCAGAUGGUGGGCUACGCCAUUGUCACCUUCUCCACCGUGCACACCACUGCCCACUUCAUGAACUUUGUACGCCUAUCUCAGAACAGCAGUUACAGCCUGUGGGAGCACCUUUUCACUACUCGGCCAGGAAUUGGCUGGGUGCAGGGCUCUGCAUCCCUUACCGGCAUGGUGCUACAGAUCAUGAUCUGUCUAAUGGUGGUCUGUUCCAGCACCUUUGUCCGCCGCAGCGGACAUUUUGAGGUGUUCUACUGGUCCCACCUGUCCUAUGUGUGGGUGUGGGCUUUGCUGGUGGUGCACUGUGCCAACUUCUGGAAGUGGUUUGUGGUGCCUGGUGUGAUCUUCCUGCUGGAGAAACUAGUGGGCGUUGCUGUUUCUCACAUGGGAGGCCUCUACAUCGUGGAGGUCAACCUGCUGCCAUCUAAGGUGACCCAUCUGGUAAUCAAGCGGCCCCAGUUUUUCCACUUCAAACCAGGGGACUAUGUUUACAUCAACAUUCCAGACAUCGCAAAGUAUGAGUGGCAUCCUUUCACCAUCAGCAGUGCCCCAGAGCAGCCAGAUACUCUGUGGUUGCAUAUCCGCUCCAUGGGCCAGUGGACCAAUCGUCUAUAUGAGUACUUCAGGCAGCCAGACAGCCAGGUGGUCAGCACCAAGAGACUGAGCGCCAGCCUGAAGGACAGACGGCACCAGAGGAGGGCCCAGGAGGAGCUGUUUAAAUGUGCGAACUGCAACGGGACGGUGGCCUCCAACGAGGACGAUGCCAUCGAGCUAACCCUGUAUCGACAAAACGGGUGUAGACCAGGGCCAGGACCAUGCCCAGGGCCAGGGCCACAGGGGCCCAACCCAGACCAGCAGAACCAAGCAGAGAGAGGAGAAGGCCCCCCGCUCAGAGAGACCACAGCCAAGCUUAGUGAAAACCACAGGUUCUGCAACGUCAAAUGCUUCGUGGAUGGGCCCUAUGGAACUCCGACGAGACAGAUCUUUGCCUCUGAACACGCGGUGUUAAUCGGUGCCGGUAUUGGGAUCACACCUUUCGCCUCCAUCUUACAGAGCAUCAUGUACCACUAUCGCAUGAGGAAACAGAACUGUCCCAACUGCAGCUACUCGUGGUGUGAGAACAUCAAGGACAGUGAGAUGAAACUGAGGAAGGUUGACUUUAUCUGGAUCAACAGAGACCAGAAAUCAUUUGAGUGGUUUGUGAGCCUCCUGACCAAACUGGAGAUGGAUCAGGCUGACGAAGAGCCAGAGGGCCGCUUCUUGGAGAUGCACAUGUACAUGACCUCUGCCCUCAGCAAGAAUGACAUGAAGGCCAUCGGCCUGCAGAUGGCACUAGACCUCCUGGCCAAGAAGGAAAAGAGGGAUUCCAUCACUGGCCUUCGCACCCGCACACAGCCAGGGAGGCCAGAGUGGGGGAAGGUGUUCCAGAAAGUGGCAGAGGAGAAGAAAGGGAAGGUUCAUGUGUUCUACUGUGGAGCCCCUGCACUGGCUAAACUCAUCAAGGCCCAGUGUGAGCACUUUGGAUUCAACUUCUACAAGGAGAACUUUUGAGGACUGUCCAACAUUUUUCCUGACUGACAUCAGCACCCUCAACUAAAUCCACACACCUAUGUGCUGAUCUAUGUCAACAGUUUCUGUACCAUACAGGCUGGUUGUCCGCACUAUGCCGUUACCAACCCAAGUAUGUGAAACCGACACUCAGUAUGCUGCUAACAUCUUUGCUUCUUCCACUGUCCCUGUCCCCUUACUGGGCUCGAACCAGUGGUCCUCUGAAUUCAAACACACCGCCAUCCUUGAAAACAUGCCAACUAGUUGUGCUAUAAAAAAGGAUCCGAUAGGACCAUUGGCGUGCCUGCCCUUAAUGCUUGCCUUGGUCAAGAAGUAUAAUGUGGGCCUUUAUACUGUAUAUUCUAUCACAUUUAGUAUUCAAAUGGAUCUACCUUGCUUUAAACCAAAACAUAUUCCAAAGCACAAAUACUAAAUGGCAGACAUUGUGACAGAGAAUGAAAUUAUGUUCACACCAUACACAGUUAAUAGUUUAUGUACGUCUUAACUAUGUGUUGUUGCCAAUGGAUCUGAUGUUUUUUUUAAAGUAGACAAGUCAGUUAAGAACAAAUUCUUAUUUACAAUGACAGCCUACCCCAAACAACACUGGGCCAAUUGUGCGCCACCCAAACCAUGGCCAGUUGUGAUACAGCCUGGAAUUGAACCAGGGUCUGUAGUGAGUUCUCUAGCACUGAGAUGCAGUGCCUUAGACCACUACGCCACUCAGGAGCAGUGCCUGUAUUGGAUGUAUUGUAGUAGAUAUAUUUGAAGUUUCUGCUUAAAUCUUCAUGGAAGGUUGUUAAGAUACAAAAUACAGCAUAAUAUGCACCUUGGUGGAAGGGUUAAAUGGGUAAGCCUAAGUAAUGUAGCGAUUGUUCUGCAUCCUGGGUAAGACGUCCAUUAUUAUAGGAAAUAUAGAACAUAUCAAACUUACGUUACAAUUUUAUCAAACGUAUAGCUAUUCUAUGUUAUGUAACUAAAGUGCCUUCAGAAAGUAUUCACACCCCUUGACCUUUUCCACGUUUUCUUUUAUUACAGCCUGAAUUUAAAAUGGAUACAAUUUAGAUGUAUUUUUUUUGUCACUGCCCUACACAAAUGUAUUAAAAAUGAAAAGCUGAAAUAUCUUCAACCCUUUGUCAUGGCACGCCUAAAUACAUUCAGGAGUAAAAAUGUGCUUAACAAGUCACAUAACAAGUUGCAUGGACUCACUGUGUGCAAUAAUAGUGUUUCACAUGAUUUUUGAAUGACUAACUCAUCUCUGUACCCCACAAAUACAAUUAUCUGUAAGGUCCCUCAGUCGAGCAGUGAAUUUCAAACAUAGAUUCAACCACAAAGACAAGGGAGGUUUUCCAAUGCCUCGCAAAGAAGGGCACCUAUUGGUAGAUGGGUAAAAAUAUAAAAAACAGACAUUGAGUAUCCCUUUGAGCAUGGUGAAGUUAUUAAUUACACUUUGGAUGGUGUAUCAAUACACCCAGUCACUACAAAGAUACAAGUGUCCUUCCUAACUCAGGGACUUCACCAUGAGGCUAAUGUUGACUUCAAAACAGUUAGAGUUUAAUGACUGUGAUAAAAUAAAACUGAAGAGGAUGGAUCAACAAAAUUUUAGUUACUCCACAAUACUAACCUAAUUGACAGAGUAAAAAGAAUGAAGCAUGUACAACAAGGCACUAAAGUAAUACUGUAAACAAUGUGGCAAAGUAAUUAACUUUUUGUCCUGAAUACAAAGUCUUAUGUUUGGGGCAAAUCCAAUACAACAGAUUACUGUGUAUCACUCUCCAUAUUUUCAAGCAUAGUGGUGGCUGCAUCAUGUUAUGGGUAUGCUUGCAAUCGUUAAGGACUGGGGACUUUUUCAGGAUAAAGAAAUAGAGGAAAGCCUGGUUCAUUCUGCUUUCCAAAAGAUACUGGGAGACAAAUUCACUUUUCAGCAGGACAAUAACUUAAAACACAAGGUCAAAUAUACACUGGAGUUGCUUACCAUGACAACAUUGAAUGUUCCUGAUUGGCCUAGUUACGGUGCAACCAACUUGACAGAGCUUGAAUCAUUUCUGAAAGAAUAUUUUGCAAAUAUUGUACAAUCCAGGUGUGCAAUGCUCUUGGAGGCUUACCCAUAAAAACUCACUGCUGUAAUCUCUGCCAAAGGUGAUUCUAACAUCAGGGUCAGCGUGUUGAAUAAUUAUCUAGUAAAAAUAUUUAGUGAUUUUGUUUUUAUAAAUGUUAGUAUUUUUUCUUUCACUUUGACAUUGGAGUAUUUUGAUUAAAUUGUUGACCAAAAAUAAUUAUUAUUUCAAUUUUAAUCCCACUUUGUAACACAACCAAAUGUGGAUGUACAGGGGUGUGAAUAAUUUCUGAAGGCACUGUAUGUAAUUUACAUCAUGUAAAUAGUGUAGAUUUACAUUUCUGUUCAAUAGUGUAUUAUUGAUAGCUAAAUUAUAAAUAUUAAUUUUAGAUUUCUGUUAUUAUUCAUUGUAUUUGUUUAUUUAGGUUUCACUGCAAUUCAGCUUUUAGCUGCCAAUGUUGUACAACGUGAAUAAACUAAACUAUGAUUAUUAUAAAUGCAUAGCAUAGCAGUUUAUAUGAUAUUACGAACAGUGACUAAAUGUUCGAGAAACAUUUAUAGUAUGUGAAUAUGGAUCUAUAUAAGAACACUGUAAUUUGUAAGUGGUAAUGGUUUUAUUUGUUGUAUCCGACAGUCUAUAAAACUAUCCAGAAUGCCAAUCCAAAACAAGUCUGUCGGUAUAGACCUGUCUAAAGCAUAAUUUUGUGAACAAUGUGAUUUCCCCUGUUGCCUUGUUGAAAUUAUACAAUUAUUUCCUGCACACUGAAUGGUGUAAGGGGUUCUAGGGGAACUAACUGCAAUAAAUGAAAUGCAGGGCAGAAAAUGAAUUGUUUUUCAGACAUUGUGUCUAUAUGUGAGUUAUUUGAGCAGUCUUUUACAUAGCCUCCAUAAAAAAGGGCUUGUGUGCCUAUACAGAAACUUUUGCCUCUGGGGGUGUUCUCUAGCCAAAGGAAGUUCUUAUAGGCUGUGUUUUCUGCCUGUCUAAACGCAGCCAAUGUGUGUUCGAGCAGUAAGCCUUACUAAGACGACUAUAAAAAUAAAAUUGUGAGUGAAGUCGGGGAAGGGGCAUCUGCGACAGCCGAAAGUCAGACACUGUAGUGGUUUUCUAACAUCAUGGCAAGGCUCAUGCUGGCUUCACAUGCCCAUGGGAAACUGGGAAGUCGUAAAUCCGACAUGAUUGGGCUAGUUUGAGUGGUAAGGACUGAAGCAAUGUUUUCCAACAGCAAGGCUCAUAACAUGGCAGUGUUGUCAUUGUUUGUAUGAAAAAAAGCUUUAUAAUAUCGAAAUAAACAUGCCUCCAACCACCAUAUCACACACUCACAAACUGAAAUAAAAUGUGUGUACAUUGUACAAUCA